AUGCUUCUCCGUUGGGCGCCUAAUCUCCUUCUGGGUGCGUUUGCAUUAGCGGAUACAAAACUAUAUGAGUUAGGAAUCAGCAAAGGCGUCUCGAAAGAGGGAAAACAGGUAAUUUCUUUGAACGGCAAGAAUGAUACGGUAGGGCCGAUAAUACGAGUAAACUCCGGUGAUACCCUUAACCUACUGGUGAACAACGACAUAUGCAAUGCAAAUGACUACGAGCAGUAUGGCGAGCUAUACUGCGAUACGUCUAUACAUUUCCAUGGAGUUGUGCUCAACAAUAACGGCGCGGAUCUAGGUGUUUUGCAUGAUGGUGUGCCUGGAGUUUCUCAAUAUAGCAUUCCAAGCGGUAUGUCAUACUGGUACAACUUCACUAUCCCUGAAAAUUUAUGUGGAACCUACUGGUACCACUCGCACUCUUCAGUGCAGUACGGAGACGGAUUAAGGGGCAUAUUCCUGGUGGACUGCGAUUACAGACAAAAGUACAUUGAGCGAGUUAUUGCAAAGCUUGAGGCAGAUGGAACAGAUGGAACGCUACUAGAAAAUCUACCGCCUCAGGGCGCCAAGGUGCCGGUGCAAGAGGUAGUGAUGGCAGUAACAGAUUGGUAUAGCAAGUCCAGUGUCGAAAUUUUGAGCCAGGUGAUGAGCCCCUACGGCGGCCCGGACCCUAGCGUUGAGGGCUCGAUGAUGAACGGGGACACCGGUUCAGUAAAGUUUGAAGUUGCUGAGGGUGUGGAGUACGUCGCAUUGAGGGUCAUAAACACAGGUAUGAGUGGCACGAAUGUUCUGCACGUCGAAGGGCACCGUUUAUGCGUGAUCGAAACGGACGGAGUCCUCACGAAACCCUAUAUGAUAGACACACUUUCCAUCGCCGUCGGCCAGAGGUUCACGGUGCUAGUGAAGCUAAACAAGGAGGCUCCCGCCCGCGUGGUUCAUGGCUGCGGAAAGAUGAUGGGGUAUGUGACCAAGACCCACUGGCUUCUAAGACCCGGCCAAGUUGCCGGCGACGACUACGUCGGUCGGGUGGUACACUUGCCCGGCCUGGACAAAAACGAGAUGUACAAGCAGUUCGUCCCUCUGGAAGGGGAACUUCUCCCGGAACCCAGCCAGCAGCUCUCGCUUGAUUACGAGUUCGACGGCGACGAGGCCCGAGAGCCCUUUGGAACCACCAUGUACACGGUGAACGGCGACACGAUGCAGGAGUUCAUGCCCGACGGCGUGCUGAUCGAGGGCGCGCGAGGCGUUCGCGAGCCCAUUCCGCUGCACGGCGGAGGGGUGGUGGAGAUCGCCAUCAACUCGAUAGACCAUAUGACACACCCGUGGCACAUGCACGGCCACACCUUUCAGGUGGUGUCUGUGGGCAGGAAACGAGACGGCCCGCUGUACUUCGACAACCCCGAAAGCCCCGCCAUGAAACGGUACCUGGCGGACGUCGCGGAAUGGCAGGACAAGGUUCCCAUGACGCGGGACACGAUCAACAUUCCUGGCAGGUCUUACGCGGUCAUCCGCCUGAGGGCCGACAACCCGGGCUUCUGGCUACUGCAUUGCCACGUAGAGUGGCACAUGGCCAAGGGACUGGGCGUGGUAUUCGCCGAGGGAGACGCGCUCGUCUCCGCGGUGUCAAAGCCCUUCGCGAGGCAGAGCGACGCUGCAGGCGCGUCUACUGCUCUGCCCGAGCCCUCUUCCACCGCUGACGCUGCGGCCACGCCCACUGUGUCCGCGGUGCGCGCCAUUUCUACUGCGGCCGACGCUCCUGCGUCAUCCGCCGCGCCAGCGACGUCGCAGCAGCAGCCUUCGCCCGAAGCGGCCAUGCCAGCGGCCUCUGCUUCGAAAGGCAAGGUUCUUGCGAUAUAUCUACUGAUUAUGUGCACACUGAACGUCGCAAUCUGGCUCUUCUUCUUCAGAUGA